AUGAAGACAUCUCAACAAGUACUAAAGCACCACUAUGCAAAAUUGAUGGUUUUAAACCAGAUAAAACAUAGCAACGUUCCAUUCAUUCCGAGUCUGAAACCAUUCGAUUUUAGUUUGGAUAGAGAGGUGGCUCUUGCUGUGAUCAAGCAACAUAAAGGAAAGGCAUUGAAAAUUCUUCAUGAAAAUUGGAGGAAUGAUAGAGAAUUAGUUUUGAAGGCAAUUUCGAAUGAUGCUUUUGCGAGUGGUGAAUAUGUUGGAAAGGUAUUGAGAAGAGAUCGAAAUUUUGUCAAGGAAUUAGUUCAGGUAAAGAAUAAUUGGGUCCUAUUAAAAGAUAUGGAUGAGGACUUUAGACAGGAUGAGGAAAUUUGUAGAGCUGCUCUUGAUUGUAAUCCAAGAGCCAUCAAAUAUGUUUUAAAUCAAUACUUGUUAAAUAAUAGAGAAUACAUGUUGAAAAUUGUAAGCCAGUGUGGAAUAUUAUUGGAAUAUGUGGGAUAUUCACUGAAGAAUAAUAGAGAAAUUAAUUUAGCUGCACUGAAACAAACCCCAAAGGCCUUUCAGUUUGUUGGAAAUGUACUUUUUAAGGAUGAGGAAAUUUCAAGCUUUUCCACAUUGGACAACUCUAUAGAAUUGCGUAUUAAAUCAAUCUCAGGAAAGGAAUUGAGAUUUUUUGCAGAUCCUAACAAUACUUUCAAUAUGAUUCGUUGGAGGGUGGCUGAGGAGUGGAACAUUGGUAAUGAAUUUAGAAUAAUUCACAAUUCGAAAGUGAUGUCAAUGGAAGAUGAUGAAAAAACUUUGCAAGAAUUAGAAAUUAACAGUAAUUCUAAAUUAGUCAUGGUGUUUAGAUUGGUUGGAGGCUAA